GAGAUUCGAUUGUAGUUGACCGAGAACCGCGUUCAAGUCGUCACAAGAUGAUAUUCCAUUUUGAAGGCAUCCUUAUUCUUGCUCUGUGGCUUUCCUUCGGUUAUGCGCAAGGAAUUGUGGUCGGAGCACCUGCUCCUUGCGAUGCCUAUUGCUUCAAAGAGCUGAAACCCUUGCAUAACACAAUUGCCACACUGUAUAACCGUUUGACCGAAUACGAGACGAUGCAAUUUGUCAAUGCGAGUGCCAGACUGGAUAAAAUUGAUAAAGAGUUAAAGACACAGAAAUUCAGGGUGUCUGCUAAUACGCAACGCAUUUCGAGAAAUAGAAAGAAUUUGAGCGAUCAAAUGAAAUCAAUUGAAAAGCGUAAGAGGGAAUUGCGAAAACCCUUUGUUCAGAUCGGAUCUGGAUAUUAUUACAUUGAGAGUGCGUUGCAACUCACUUGGUUUGCAUCCGUAUUUGCAUGCCAUCGACACGGUGGCCAUUUGAUCACGCUAAAUAAUCAAGAGGAACUGGAUGCAAUCAUUCCGAAACUGUAUGCAAAGGGCACCUACUGGACUGACGUCAGUGAUCUGUCAAUUGAUGAAUACGUAUCGAUCACCACUGGAUCGAGAGCUGAAUUUUUUAAUUGGAGAAGAGGAGAACCAAAGUCAAGUGCAAGUGAGGAAUGCGCAGGCAUCCAAGGACCAAGGUUUGAAAUGAUUGAUCUGAAUUGCCGGUCGAAAAAUUAUUUCAUAUGUGAGGCAUUUGAGGAAUAAAUUUAUUGAAAAUUGUUUCAAUAUGGAAAUGUA